AUGAAGUGUGUCAUUGCGCUGGUGAUCGUUGCAGCUGCGCUGUUUCGUGUCGAAGGAUCCGUGAUCCCGUUGGCACUGGCUCCAGGACUUGCGAUCGCGGCCCCGGCAGGACUCGCCAUUCCCGGUGCAACCGUCGUUCAAUCCAAUCCACCACCGACAGUCCUUCAAGCGCUACCGUCCCCGAUUGCAGUGGACAUUUCGGGACAUCCUGCGGCCUGGAUCCUGGCACCAGGACCAACCCUUGCUCUUGCACCUGCUCCUGCCGUGGUGGCCUUAGCACCUCCACCAGCUGCGACGGCCGUUUCCGCAACACGUGGCUCCGUCCACGUGGCUCCACUGCCAGGACACGCCGUGUCGCAGACACAACUCAACCUGGCUCCAGCUCCUGGUUCGGAGUAACGGCUAGAUUCUUCCACGAAUGUGUUCGAAAGCCACGCUUCACGAGCGACUGCCUGGCUUAGUCAAAUCACGGCCAUAUUACCAACUCUGCCCAUCCGCUAUUCUUAUCCGACGAA